GGUUACCUACUUUACCAGGCAGAAUCAGAAUUCCGUGUUUCCCGGGGGGGGGGGGGGGGGGGGUUGGUGGCUGCCACCCCCUGGGGAACCAAGUCUGGAGACAAGGGAAAGGGAUAGGCAUGGGGGUGCCCGGGUAGCCGGAGGACUAGGAGAUACGUGGAGGAAGUGGCGACUUGCCUGGUUUCCCGAAGGACCAGAGUGCCCAGCCUGGUUCGAGCACUCAGUGCUCCCACUCAAGCCGCGGCUAUGGGUGGCAGGAAGCCGGAAACUCUCCCCCACCGGGAGCCCUUCCUCAGCUGGGACGAGCUCACCGUGGGCCGCUCUCCCAGGAAAACGGCCCGGCAGGGGCAGAAGGGGGAAGGAGGGGCUGCCGGCUCGGCGAGGACCACUGACGCACAGCUUCAAACAGCGUGCCACCGCCGGCCUGCUGGGAAACGGCGCAGCGCAGACCAAUCGGGCCGGAGGCGGAGACCGGUUGGCUCCCGAGCAUGCCGGGCGGGGCGGGGAGCCCAGGAAAGGGAGGGAGGGGCGGGGCACGGCGCCAGCCGGGAGGCCGAGCCCUCUCCGCCCCACCCCGCGGCAGGCCUGCCGGGGGUGUCGCCCCAGCCCCUCACCCCCACUCCCGGCCCCGUGCCUGUUGGGGACCCUCCACGUGACUCGGUGAUGCAGAACGGUUGUGACCUUCAGCGUGUGUCUGUGAGGGUCCCAACAACAGUGCGGCUUUGCGCCCGGCCCUGCCUGUGGGUGCGGGGACGUGUGGGUGUGUGGGCAUGUGUGGGUGUGUUGGGGAGGGUGCCCAGCGACAUGUGACAAAGGCUCCCGUCUCCGGGAGAUGGUGAAGGGGCCCGCGAGCUGGCGCUUUGUCUGGCUGCCUGAAGAGUGACGGUUCGCGCAGCGGCGGCGGGCGCCCGUGCGGUGCAGGAUGCCGGGGCGCCAGGGUGGCCGGGGGCGCGCGCGCCCGUGCCAGGGUGAGUGCGCUGCGGCAGCGCCGGGGGACUGCGCGGCGGGCCCGCGCCGGCCCGGGCCUCGGGCGUGACCGGGAGCCACCCGUGGGCGCUGCAGUGGCCGCGUGUCCCCGUGACCUCGGGAGGCAGCCGGCCCGGGUGGAUCCCCGUGCGCCCCUCCCCGUCCGCCCUCCACGUGCGUGUCCGCGGAGCGCGCGCUCGCUGGCGCGCACCCGCCUGCCUGUCUUCGCCGCCGCCGCCGCCGCCGCCGCCGCCGCCGCCGCCGCCGCCGACGGGAGCCGCCGGGAAAAGGUGCCGGGAACCGAGUGAGCCGGGGCCGCGGGCCCGAGCGCCAUGGGCUGGAGGGCGCGCGGCGGGCGGCCGGUCAGCCCCUGGCCUCGCCCCCGCGGGAGAGCCGCCUGGAGUCGGCGGGGGCUGGCCAGGCCCACGGGGAGGCCGGCCCGCUCCCCCUGAGCUACAGACACCAGGGCGCUCACCAUGGCCCCGCCACUCCUGCUGCUGCUGCUGGCCAGUGGAGCGGCCGCCUGCCCACUGCCCUGUGUCUGCCAGAACCUGUCCGAAUCACUCAGCACCCUCUGUGCCCACCGAGGCCUGCUGUUCGUGCCACCCAACGUGGACCGCCGCACCGUGGAGCUGCGGCUGGCUGACAACUUCAUCCAGGCCUUGGGGCCACCGGACUUCCGGAACAUGACAGGGCUGGUGGACCUGACGCUUUCCCGGAAUGCCAUCACCCGCAUUGGGGCCCGCGCUUUUGGGGACCUGGAGAGCCUACGUUCCCUGCAUCUGGACGGGAACAGGUUGGUUGAGCUGGGCACCGGCAGCCUACGGGGCCCCGUCAACCUGCAGCACCUCAUCCUCAGUGGCAACCAGCUGGGCCGAAUCUCGCCCGGGGCCUUCGACGACUUCCUGGACAGCCUGGAGGACCUCGACUUGUCCUACAACAACCUGCGGCAGGUGCCCUGGGCCGGCAUCGGUGCCAUGCCUGCCCUGCACACGCUCAACCUGGACCACAACCUCAUCGACGCACUGCCCCCGGGCGCCUUCGCCCAGCUCAGCCAGCUCUCCCGUCUCGACCUCACCUCCAACCGCCUGGCCACGCUGGCACCAGACCCGCUCUUUUCCCGGGGGCGCGACGCGGAGGCCUCACCCGCCCCCCUGGUGCUGAGCUUCAGCGGGAACCCCCUGCACUGCAACUGCGAGCUGCUGUGGCUGCGGAGGCUGGCCCGGCCCGACGACCUGGAGACGUGCGCCUCCCCUCCAGGCCUGGCCGGCCGCUACUUCUGGGCAGUGCCCGAGGGCGAGUUCUCCUGCGAGCCGCCUCUCAUCGCCCGCCACACGCAGCGCCUCUGGGUGCUGGAGGGCCAGCGGGCCACUCUGAGAUGCCGGGCCCUCGGUGACCCUGCGCCCACCAUGCACUGGGUCGGCCCUGAUGACCGCCUGGUUGGCAACUCCUCCCGAGCCCGGGCUUUCCCCAACGGGACCCUGGAGAUCGGGGUGACGGGCUCUGGGGACGCAGGGGGCUACACCUGCAUUGCCACCAACCCUGCCGGGGAGGCCACAGCCCGUGUGGAGCUACGGGUGCUGGCCUUGCCCCACGGCGGGAACGGCAGUGCUGAGGGGGGCCGCCCAGGGCCCUCGGACAUUGCCGCCUCGGCCCGCACUGCUGCCGAGGGCGAGGGGACACUGGAGUCUGAGCCAGCUGUGCAGGUGACAGAGGUGACUGCAACCUCAGGGCUGGUGAGCUGGGGGCCAGGGCGGCCAGCCGACCCUGUGUGGAUGUUCCAAAUCCAGUAUAACAGCAGUGAAGAUGAGACCCUCAUCUACCGGAUUGUCCCGGCCUCCAGCCACCACUUCCUGCUGAAGCACCUAGUCCCUGGUGCCGACUAUGACCUCUGCCUGCUGGCCCUGUCACCUGCCGCUGGGCCUUCCGACCUCACAGCCACCCGGCUGCUGGGCUGUGCCCGUUUCUCCACGCUACCGGCUGCGCCCCUGUGCCACGCCCUGCAGGCCCACGUGCUGGGCGGGACCCUGACCGUGGCCGUGGGGGGUGUGCUGGUGGCUGCCUUACUGGUCUUCACCGUGGCCUUGCUGGUUCGGGGCCGGGGGGCCGGGAAUGGCCGCCUCCCCCUCAAGCUUAGCCACGUCCAAUCCCAGACCAAUGGAGGCCCCAGCCCCACGCCCAAGGCCCACCCGCCGCGGAGCCCACCGCCUCGGCCCCAGCGCAGCUGCUCCCUGGACCUGGGGGAUGCUGGCGGGUGCUACGGUUACGCCAGGCGCCUCGGAGGAGCCUGGGCCCGACGGAGCCACUCUGUGCAUGGGGGGCUGCUCGGGGCAGGGUGCCGGGGGGUGGGGGGCAGCACGGAGCAGCUGGAAGAGAGUGUGGUGUGAUGGGAAGGGAGUCGGCCCAGGGCGGGCUGGGGAAGGGGCAGAGGGUGUGGGGCGGGCAGCUGCCGGGCCUGGUUGGGUCGGCACUGCCUGGGAGUCCCUCCUGAUUUUACCCUUGGUACCUCAGGCCUCCUCUGUGCUUGGCCAGGCAGGGGGCCCUUUCCCUGGUUUUGGCCUCCAGACCUGCGUUCCACUGACAGGUGCUCACAGCCACCGAAGCAGGGGCUGCACCAACCAAGCAGGAGUCUUGUUUUUCUUUAUAAUAAAAUU